AUGCCGUUUCUGAUAGAAGACGAUUUCGUGCCGACGCUGUCAGAUGAUGAUGAUGUCCCGGACGAAGAAGCUGAGGAAGACUCCAUUUCUCACGUGGCCACAGCGAAAUCUACCAAACGGAAGCGGGCAGAUGGUAAUGAGCCAAGUGCAGUGAAAAAACUGAAGCAGGACGAUGACGCAGUGAAUAGCAAUGGCAAUGGCAAUGGCAAUGGUGGCAGUGUAGCACGUACGGACAAGGACAGCGAUGUCGACUCGGAAUUCGAGUUCGAGACGGAGGUCGCGGCCGAUUUGGGCGAUUUCGAUGGGUGGGUCAUGAAUGGGGAUGGGGAGGACCGAAUUGCGGAGAUCGUGCGGCGGAAGCGUGGGAAGGAAGGGGUGGCUGAGGUGGAGGUGGCGGAAGAUGGGAGUGAGGAGGAGGAGGAGGAGGAGGAGGAGGAGGGUAGUGAGGAGGGUGAGGAGGGGUCGAUAGAUGCCGAGGAGCUGGAGAUCUCAAUGGAUGAAGACGAGGAAGCUGACAGCGUGGACGAGGAUGCAGAGGACGAUGAGGCGGAAGAUGAUGAGAAUGCCGAGGAAGACGACAAGACUGUUCUCAACGACUUCGCUGCUGCUGAGACACAUCCAGACGAUCUGGUCUCCGAAGCCGGCUCAGAAGCAGAAGACGAAGCAGACGCCGAAGAGCAAAGACGACAAGACGAAUUCUUCGCACCUGAAGAAGCAAGCGCACGACCUCAGACAGGCGAGAACUCCUUCACCUCCAUGUCCCUCAACCGCCGCAUCCUCAAGAACCUCACCGAGCAGAAAUUCUACGCCCCGACACCCAUCCAGCGCAAGACCAUCCCCGUGGCAAUGGAAGGCAAAGACGUAGUCGGAGGCGCCGUGACAGGUUCGGGUAAAACCGCCGCCUUCCUCAUCCCAAUCAUGGAACGUCUACUCCAUCGACCCAAGGGUGCCGUCACUCGUGUCGCAAUCCUCAUGCCCACCCGCGAACUUGCCCUCCAAUGUCUGUCCGUGGCGCAGAAACUAGCCGUAGGCACAGGGAUAACCUUUGGCCGCGCCAUCGGCGGUCUCAACUCCCGCGAACAAGAAAAAGAACUGAAGCUCCGCCCAGACAUCGUCAUCGCAACCCCCGGACGUUUUAUAGACUUCAUGCGCAAUUCUCCCGCUUUACAAGUCGACAAACUUGAGAUUCUAGUUCUAGAUGAAGCCGAUCGCAUGCUAGAGGAGGGCUUCAGCGACGAGCUGAAUGAGAUUCUGGGGACGAUCCCUAAGAGCCGACAGACCAUGCUCUUCUCCGCCACCAUGACGAGUAAAGUCGACGAUCUGAUCCGCGUGGGUAUGCAUCGGCCCGUGCGUCUGCUAGUCGAUGCGCAGAAGACUUCCGCAGCGGGCUUGACACAAGAAUUCGUGCGUCUCCGCCCUGGGAGGGAGGAGAAGCGUUUGGGCUAUCUUCUCCACCUUUGCACAGAGCUAUACCGGGACCGGACCGUCAUCUUCUUCCGGCAGAAGAAAACCGCGCAUCAUGUCCGUGUCGUCUUCGCCCUGUGUGGUCUGCAGGCUGCUGAGCUCCAUGGGUCUAUGUCUCAGGAACAGCGGAUCAGCAGCAUGGAGGCUUUCCGCUCUGGCUGGGUGAACUUUCUCCUUGCGACUGAUUUGGCGAGUAGAGGGUUGGAUAUCAAGGGGAUUGAGACGGUGAUCAAUUACGAGGCUCCGCAGAGCCAUGAGAUCUAUCUUCAUCGUGUAGGACGUACGGCGAGAGCGGGGAGGAAGGGGAUCUCUUGCACGCUGGCUGCGGAGCCGGAUAGGAGGGUUGUGAAGGCUGCUGUGAAGGCGGCGAAGGUCCAGGGUGUAGUGGUGAAACAGAGGACGGUUGAUCCGAAAGAUUCCGAUCUUUGGCAGACCAAGAUCGACGGCAUGGAGGAGGAGAUUGAAGACGUCCUCCGCGAGGAGAAGGAAGAUCGCGUGAUGUCGCAGACUGAGCGGGAUUUGAAGAAAGCGGAUAAUCUGGUUGACUUCGCGGACGAGAUCAAGAGUCGGCCGAAGAAGACGUGGUUUCAGUCUGAAACGGAGAAGGAGAGUGCGAAGACUAAGGGGGCGGAACGGCUUAAUGGACCCGUGGAUGGGGGGAAGGGUAAUGGUGCAGGGAGGAAGAAGAGGGGUGGUGGGGGGAAGUUGAGUAAUAAGCAGAAGAAGCGGUUGCAGGAUACGGAUGAUAGGAAGGCGGGGUUGGAGUGGAAGAAGAGGAAGGGGAGUGAGGUAGGUGGUGAGAGGGGGGCAAGGGGUAGGGGGAGAGGGGGGAGAGGUGGGGAGAGAGGUGCUUCUAGUGCAUCGCGUGGCAGCUCGAGAGGUGGUGCUAGAGAUGCUGGUGGGUCUAGGGGAGGUUCGAGGGGUGGCUCACGAGGCGGUAGAGGAGGUGGAAGAGGUCGCGGCAAGUAA